AUGAACAACUACGCGCACUCUGAUUCCACCCUCCGCGAUGCUGAAAUACUGCAUGGAAGGAAGAGCAAGUAUCGCAUCUUGGGCGAUGCUGUCAAACGCGGCGGCUUCAGCGAGGUCUACAAGGCAAUCGACGAAGGCGAGCAAGGAGGGCUAGUCGCUGUCAAGCUCAUCGACUUGAACUCAAAGAAAAUCAAGCGGCGGGAACAUGAAAAGCGUAUCAAGUCCGAAUGCGAGAUCCACAAGCGGCUGGAGAACUGCCCGCGCGUCAUUCGCUUCGUCGAAUGCUUCGACUUCAACAAAACCAACCAGGAUAUGUUCUGUAUAGUGCUUGAAUGGGCGGAGAAAGGCGACUUGAAAGACUACCUCCGUCAAAAAGGCCAGCCCGGCUUAGCCGAGCCAGAAGUUAGCCGCCUCGUUUCCCAGAUCGUCGACGGCGUUCAAUUCUUCCAAAAGAACAACCUCGUUCAUCGCGAUUUCAAGCUGCAAAACAUCUUGCUCGACAAGGACAACAACGUCAAGAUAACCGACUUUGGUCUCGCGACGAAGCUGAGCAGUAGGCAAGUUGUUGUUUUGAAUUGGGCGGGCGAAACAGGGGCACCUGCCGGUUGA